UGCCCCAAGGCUGUCCUUAUCAUUAAUGCAAAACUGGAGUUUCUUCCCCCAGUGGGGAAGCGACUGCUCUAGCCAGCAGCUGAAGCACAUGAAGCAAACGCCUCAUGCCCAGCCCGAAGCCUCUUGGCACUUGGCUCGGUGACCCCAGGACCGUGCCUGGCAUUCACAAGCUGCCAAGUAGGGUGCGAGAGCAUGGUGCCCACGACACCCAAGAGGGGCCGGCGUGCCCUUGCCCCCGCCCUGUGACAGAAGGGAGCCGGGCGCAGAAAUGCCUCGGGGGCCGGGGGGGAACUGGCUCCCGGGGCAGGCCGGGGAAGCGGCAGCUCUGCCCGCCGCCAGCCGCCGGUCCACCCGCGCCGCCCCGGAGCCGAGCCGCGGCGGGGCGGUCCCGCGCCGUGUUUACCAACAUGGGAGGAGCCGGGCGUGGGCAGGGCGCAGGCGGCAGCGGACAGACGGGACGGGGCGAGCGGCUUUCGCUUUGCCGGAGAGCGCUGGGCAGCGGCAGCAUGGCCCGGGGACUCCUUCCCCUGUUCCUUGUUGUUGUCUUAAUUACUGAAAUGCAGUGCAAAAAUGAUACUGAAGCUCUAAUAAACAUACUGCACAAUAAAUUAAUUACAAGGAGGAUCAUUGCUAAGAGGGAAACUAACUGUAACGAGGACGAAUACAAUUUAGAUGAUCAGUGUUGCAAGAAAUGUGAACGUGGUUUUGUUAAAAAUAUCAAGUGUCCAACAGAUAUUAGCAAACACUGUGUUCCAUGUCAAAAUGGAAAGGAGUACAUAGAUCAUGUCAAUGCUUUGGACGAGUGUUUCAGAUGCUCUUCGUGCGACGGAACAUUUAAUUUGGAGGUUGCAACGAACUGUACCCCAGGACAGAACACGGAAUGUACCUGUGUAAAGAACCAUUUUUGCAAUUCUGCUGUACCGUGUGACCAGUGUCAGGAAUGUACCAUAUGUGAAAGUGGCGUAAUUGAAAAACAAUGUACUUCAACUUCAGACACCGUGUGUGGAAUUAAAGCAAAAACAGGAUUCCCAUGGUGGGCCACUACUUUGAUAAUUAUGUUACCACUAUUAGGAGGAGCUGUAGCACUAAUCCACUACGUGAGAAGACAGAAGGGUUUUACUAUCAAGGGGAACCUAGAUGAAGUAGUUCCCAAACCAGAUUCUUCUGGUGAGAAUGUACCUCUCAUAUACGCAGAUGUUGACCUGAGCAGCCAUGUUGCUGGUAUUGUGGAGGAGAUGACACUCACGGAAGUCAAGACAUUUGUUCGUAAACACCAAGUACCAGAACCUGUCAUAGAUCAAACUAUUCGGGAUAAUCUUAAUGAUACAUCUGAACAGAAGAUUAAGCUGUUCCAAGCCUGGUAUCAAAGACAUGGGAUAAAAGGAGCCUAUGGAACCCUAAUAAGCAGCCUGAGAGAGCUUAAAAUGUGUGCUGCAGCUGAUAAAAUUGAGGAAAAACUGAGGGCAGCUGUUCUCAGCUGUCAGGAAGGGGGACAGUCUUAUAGUGAUGAGACUGAGCAAAGCAAAACCUGUACUCAGGAAAGUAGGAACUCUUACAAUGAUAGUGCUGAGCUAAGUAAAACCUUUUCUGGUAGUUUGGAAGAGACAUAGCAUAGAGUCAUUUUAAAAUUAUUCCUGACUGAAUUAGUAUUUUUCUAAUAAUAUAAAUAACAAAGCUUUUAAGUGACAUUUUCAUUGACAGUUGAUUCAAGGAAGUUAUAUGAGUAAGGAAUAACUACCAUUUUUGUAGCAGUAUCUUUCCUUUAAAAAAGUGUCAGCUUUUUUUUUUCAGUUGUUAAGAACUAGGAGGAGUUUUAUGGCUUAUUUACUGAAAGGUAUAAUGGUAAGAGUCUAGCUAUAGGAUUCACUACAAGAAGAAAUAGUCUUAUUUCUUAUUUGAAGAAAAGGUUUAGUCUAAAUGUGUGGUCUCGCAUUACUUAAUCAAUUUAAUGUUUUGCUUACAUUAAAAUGGUGGGAUGUUGCAUUUUUCAAAGUGAAAACUGGUGUUAAGAGUCUAUGAAGUGUAUCGGGAAGAAUACUUGAACAAAAAAAAAUAUAUACACCUGAUUAAUUUUUAAUAUAGACGUUGCUGUAUAAUUAAAUUCUACUGUGUUGUAAAUGGAAUUUCUCCCUUGUAUAAAACCACCUCUGUGUGUGUGUAUACAGAGUUUUUUAUGUGUGUGUGUAUUUAUAUGUGUGCGUAUAGAUGUGCAAGUUUUCUAUGCAAAAGCUCCCAGCACUGAGUAAAAAUUAUUAUUUCCCUUGUUCUCUGCAAUGAUUGCAAGCUUUUUCUAAUGUUAAAACCAUUUAAAGAAGCAGGAGCGGAAGCAGCACAACACAAGCAUGGUUUUUGGAAGGCAACUUGCACAAGCUAUGAAGUCUCCACAUGCAGGUUUGCAACACUAGCUUUUCUAAUGCAGGAACCAAUACACUGAAAACAUCAUUGUCAUUAAAAAAAAAUUA